AUGAACUUACAUGUGAGGAGAACAAUCCAAAUCAAUGAUGAUGCAGGAGUAAGGAUCAACAAGACUUUUCAAUCGCUUGUUAAAGAUGCAGGAGGACAUGAAAAUAUUCCCUUUUGUGAAAAAGAUGUGAGGAAUUAUAUUAACAAAGAGCGUCGUGCAAUUGGAAAAGAAGGUGAUGGUAAGGCUUUGAUUAGUUAUUUUUGUAAAAUGAGGGAACAAAAUACAGAUUUCUUCUAUGACAUAGAUUUGGAUGAUGAUUUUCAUGUGAGGAAUGUAUUUUGGGCUGAUGCAAGAAGUAUAGCCGCUUACGAAUAUUUUGGAGAUGUUGUAACUUUUGACACAACAUACUUGACUAACAAGUAUGACAUGCCUUUUGCUGCAUUCGUGAGUGUGAAUCACCAUAGUCAAUCAACAUUACUUGGUUGUGGAUUACUUUCAGGUGAAGACACAGAUUCUUUUGUGUGGUUAUUUAAGUCAUGGCUUCGUUGUAUGCUAGAAAAAGCACCUUUGGAUAUUGUGACCAAUCAAUGUAAGGCUAUGAAAAAUGCUAUUGAGUUAGUCUUCCCUACAACUCAUCAUAGGUGGUGUUUAUGGCAUAUAAUGAAAAAAAUUCCAGAAAAGCUAAGUGGAUAUGGUGAAUACAAAAGGAUCAAGUAUGCAAUGAAAGAAGCCGUUUAUGAUACAUUUACAACAGCUAGUUUUGAAAAAAAAUGGUGUUCGUUCAUAGGAAAGUUUGAUCUCCAAGAAAAUGAUUGGUUGGGUGGGUUAUAUAUUAAGCGUCAUAGGUGGGCACCAACUUUGUUAAGGGUCUAUUUUUGGGCUGAAAAGGAAUUUGAAGAUGAUUUUAAUUCGAUGGAUACAACAAUUCCAUGUGGGUCAAACUCGUCCAUUGAGAAGCAAUUCCAAAGUGAGUUUACGAAUGCCAAAUUCAAGGAAAUUCAAGUGGAAUUCAUAUCUAAAAUGAAUUGUUCUGCCUCAUUAAAUAGCAUGGAAGAUUGCUUUGCUACGUAUCAUGUGUUGGAGGAGAUAUUAGUUGGAGACAUACGCAAAGAUCAGGAGAGGAUUGUAAGUCUUCCAGAGAAGUAUGUUUUAACGAGAUGGAAGAAAAACAUUAAAAGGAAGCAUUCAUAUAUCAAGACUAGUUAUGGUGUAACAGAGUUGAAGCCACAAAUGGACAGGUUUGACAAAUUAUGCAAGCAUUUUUAUGAGGUUGCUGAAGUAGUUGCUGAGUCAGAAGAGACUACCGAAGACCUCCAUGAAACAUUACGUUUGUUUAGCUCUAAUAUGUCCACAAAUGAUAGUUCCCUUAUUGAAGAAAACCUCAAUGAUGAUUUUAAUCCAAUCAAUAGUAAUAGAAUUCGCAGUCCAAAACAUGUCAAGCCCAAAGGUCGUCCUCCAUCUAAAAGAAAAACAUCUGUCGCCGAAACGAUCGCCAAGAGGUCAAGGAAACGAACAAAAAAAGAGGGCAAUAUUGGAAUGGUGGAAAAUCAGUUUGGAAGUAAUAUUUGUGUAGAAUCAUCUCUUGAGAUUGUUAAUGGAGAGCAUUACUUAGAUUCGAGUAUUGCGAUUUGUGUACAUUAUAAGAUUGUUGGAAAUUUGGCAUGUGUAUUUUGGGGAGACUGUCACAUAUCUAUACUAACAAAGCUACAUGGUGCAGUAUUGAUUUUGGGAUUUUUGGUUUUUGACAUAAUGGUUAUUCAGGUGGAAUAUUCGGGUGGGAUGUUGAAAGAUUGUAAAUUGAAUUUUGUAUUAAUCCAAAUUGAAAAUGGUGCAUCCCAGACUUGGUUAAUACACUGCACAAAGUUGGUUAAUGGAAGUUUAACUUCGGUUAGUGCAGUACCAGACUUUAAAAUAAGAGAAUUUGCAGUCCCAGACUUGGUUAAUACAUUGCACUAA